GCAUUUCUGCUGUUGCUUGCAACGGUUUGCUAUACGAUAAAUUGAGGCGCAUGAAUAUAUGUAAAUUUAAUAGUUGCAACAGACAUAUAUAUUGUAUAUACAGAGUAUAUUGUGUGUAAAAGCGAUCAAUAAUUCUACGCGUUCUAUCUCCCUCUCACUAAGUGUGUGUGUGUAAAAGUGUUGCCAAUAAAAAAUAUUAAAAUUGACAGCAAGUAAGCAAGAAAGAAGAAGACGAUCAGCUACAACAACAACAACAACAAUGCUGCUGCAGAGAAACAAAUUAGGCAGCGUGCGUCCACCGAAACGUUGCAGAAGCGACAUGGACAAUAUAUCCACCUCGGACAUUGUCAUUAUCAAUGGCAACUCGCAUCCGGAUCUGGCCAACAGUGUCGCCGAGAGGAUGGGCAUCAAGAAUGGCGGCUGUUCCGUCUUUCACAAAUCGAAUCGCGAGACUAUCGUCGAGAUCAGCGACUCGGUGCGCGGCAAGGAUAUCUACAUCAUACAAACGGGCACUAAGGAUGCCAAUAAUAAUAUAAUGGAACUCCUAAUUAUGGCCUAUGCCUGCAAGACAUCUUCGGCCCGUUCGAUUGUGGGUGUCAUACCCUAUUUGCCGUACUCGAAACAGUGCAAGAUGCGCAAACGUGGCUGCAUUGUGUCCAAGUUACUGGCGAAGAUGAUGUGCACAUCGGGAUUGACGCACAUCAUAACGAUGGAUCUGCAUCAGAAGGAGAUACAGGGCUUCUUCGAUAUACCCGUUGAUAAUUUACGCGCCUCACCCUUUCUGCUGCAGUACAUCCAGGAGAGCAUACCCGACUAUCGUAAUUCGGUGAUUGUGGCUCGCAAUCCGGGAGUUGCCAAGAAGGCCAAUUCGUAUGCGGAACGUUUGCGUUUAGGCCUCGCUGUCAUCCACGGCGAGCAGAAGGAGGCCGAGAGCGAUGAGGUUGAUGGCAGAUACUCACCACCACCAACCAGAAACUCUACUCCACAACAUGCACCCAUUAGCAGUCGGCAGCGCACUACAUCGGUGUCGGUGGGUGUGCCGGAGCAUCCAUCGAAAGUGAAACCACCGCUGACCAUUGUGGGUGAUGUAAAUGGUCGCAUUGCCAUCAUGGUCGAUGAUCUGAUUGAUGAUGUGCAGGCGUUUGUUGCCGCCGCCGAGAUGCUGAAGGACAAUGGUGCCUGCAAAAUUUAUGUGCUGGCCACACAUGGUUUGCUCAGCUCGGAUGCGCCGCGCUUGCUCGAGGAGUCCGUCAUUGAUGAGAUUGUUGUCACCAAUACCAUUCCACAUGAGGUGCAGAAAUUGCAAUGCAACAAGAUUAAAACAAUUGAUAUUUCCAUACUCAUCGCUGAGGCCAUACGACGCAUACACAACAAGGAGUCCAUGUCCUAUUUGUUUCGCAAUGUCACGCUGGAAGACUAAAGAUGGACAAAGGAGCACACACACAUACUACACACACAACACACAUGUCAAAAUUUGUCACUAACCAGUGAAGUGUCUUCUUCAUGGAAGUUGCGCCUUUAUAUUGUUUGUUUGCCAUCUUCCCCACACACAAAUCCGCUCUUUAAUUUUACUUUGAAUAAAACUAAAAAAAACUGCUCAACAAAAAUAAA